CAAUAUUCGCAACGCAUGCCUGCAAAGAGGCCGAUUCCAAAUCUCACCAACCGCAGCAGACGUCAAUCCAUCGAAAACCGCACUAACCACGUGCCGUGCUUCCAAGGUUGCUAGGGCCAAGAGUGGCUGAGUGUCCUCGUCAUUCCACACGGCCUGCUGCCACCGGCCAUCUUAAACCUUUAUUAUUUGCCUCUCCUCCCAACCACCACCAACACCACCUUUCGUCAUUGACCUACGUACACUCUCCACCGCAGCUAUGCCCGUCAUCAAUAAACGAUACUAUAAUUGCUACUACGGCAACAAUGGCCAGGAAUACUGCGACAGCUCCGCAUGGGACAACUGGGUCCGCUGGGUCGUGCUCGCCGUAGUCAUCAUCGGCUUCUUCCUGCUCUUCAUCCUUUGCAGCUGUCUCACCGCGCGUCGCCGUCGUCGCGCCGGCCGCGCGCCCUUCUAUGGCACCGGUUGGGCUGGUGGCCGUGUCCCUCCAGGCCACAAUCCCGCCAUCUACAACGCGCAACCAUACUACAGCAACAACAAUAAUCAACCCGCUCCACCGUACACUCCCGCGCCGCAGAACGAAAACUACUAUGGCAACGGCGCCAACCAGGGUUACUACGGCCAGCAGAACGGUGUCGAGCUCCAGUCACCGCAGCCAGCGCAUACACCGUACAGAGGCGAGGACAGCGUGUACUCUCCGCCACCCGGCCCACCACCAAAUAAGCAGAGCGACGGCAUCAUCCGGUAGACCUUGAGUUCCGGCUCGCGAUAACGAUCAAGUUAUGAUAGGGAUAGGUUACGGGCGUUUGGGUUGUGUUAAGGUCUUAGGGCUUCGGGGCUGCUUGAAUGGGAGGGUUUCUCAUACCGGCGCACACGGAAAUGAGAGCAUGAGAUUUCAAGUCUCAUCGGAACAACACGAUCCAUGCAUUGGCUUCGUUCUGUAACGAUACGGUAGUGGAAUGGUCAGACUUCACCUCUCUGCUACGGUGGUGAGCACUGGAGGUCUAGCUCAACUUCUUGUACAUUGUCUUUUUCAAAUUCCUUACUACCCAUAUCAAAACCAAGCCCCGAACUAGUUAAUUAAUCAAUUCAAUGAA